AUGAUCGUGCAGGCCAGCAUCGAAGACGGGCCCGCCAACCUGAUCGACAACCUGCGCGACGCCCGCGCCCAGCACCCCGACAAGCUGUUCCGCGGCACCGUCUUUGCCGAUCCGGAGCCCGGCCGCGGGCUCGACGCCCUCUCGGCCGGGGACUUUGCCAUGCUGCACGACCUGGGCGUCCGCUCCAUCCGCAUCCACGGCUCCUACGGCGGGAACGGCGCCAACGCCUCGUGGGUGCAGGAGCAGUUCCGGCGCGCGGCGGCGCUGGACGGCGUCGCGACGCACGGCUGGAGCGUCUCGGCGCAGCUGCCGCUGGCCAUGUGGGCGGCGAUCGGCGAGUUUCUGCAGCACGACGCGGCGCUGGCCGGCGUGGCGGUCGUGGCGGACCACAACGGCAGCGCGACGCCCGAGGACGUGGGCUCGGCGGAGUUUGCGGCGUUUUUGAGGCUGCUCGAGGCGCAAACGGUCCACGUCAAGGUCGGCGCGCUGCACAGACGGUCGCCGGAAGACAUCGCUCGCAUGAAGGCCGUGGUGGAGGGGUUCGCGGCCAGCGGGCCGGGGAUGAUGGUUUGGGGGAGCGACUGGCCGCACGUCGACACGACCCAGGGGCCCGAGGUGGUCUCGCCGCCGUUGGUGGUUGAUACCCCGGCGGAGCUGAGGGCGAUUAGGUCGUGGGUGUCGGAUGAGCAGUGGCAGAGGCUGCUUGUUGAGAAUCCUGCCAGGCUGUUUGAUGUAUAG